CAUCUGAACUGUAACAGUAAACCCGGGAUUUUAUCUUUCUGCGUAGGAUUCUGGAAUGCUAAGGUGCCUCUGUUACAAGUCAUUUUUACAAGGCAACUUUAUAAACUCCUGGCAGUUCUGUACUGAAGACUGGUGACAGAUCUUUUGAAGAUCAGAAUCUACCAUGCAAAUAAAAGCAGAAUCCAGAGCAUGGCUACAUUCAGACUGGAUGGAAAUGAGAUGUUGUAUUUCUCUCUCUAUUCAUAAAGUCUAGGUCUAUAUCACGUUGAUUUUUGACGUGAAGGGCACUGGUUUGGAUUUCGUUUCACGUAAGCAUGAAUCAAAAUGUUAUGCCAAGGCAUGCACUGUUCUGUCCAUUUUGGGAGGACAAGGGUAUCUAGGGACUCUUUUCCACUCACUUUGAGUUAUAGCUAUAGGAAAAGACAGUAUAAUAUUUCAUCUUAACUGGUAUUUACUAAAAUAUUUACUUUAUUGCAUGAUCUAUCAGUAAUAUUAAGUCAUAAUACUUUAUGAUUGCCAAGCAAGUGGAGAGGGUUGUCACAGUAGAAAUAAGUUUAAAUGCUUUACGUUUGAUUAGUACAAAACAAACAAACAAAUUCCAAGAAUGUUUAGUGCAGACAUUUAUCUUGAGUAGGUGACAAAAAAUGUGGACACGUGGCAGCCUAGAUGUAAGACAAAUGUCCAUUUCAAGCCUGUACCGGAAAUUUGUACAUUUUGGAGUGUGUGGCAAGUUUUUAGAAAAGAAAAAGGAAUAAGUGCUUCAUUGUUUCAAAGCUCAUUAGACUUUUAAUAAACAGAGUAGAGGCUGAGGAAGAAUGUUCAAACAGUUGAAAGCAUUAUAUGUUUAAAAUGAAUUGCAUUCCAGAAGGCUCUCAAAUAACCAGUUUGUUUUCCUUCUUAUAUAUUUUUCCUUUCUCAUGGAACAUGUAAUGUGUCUGGGCUGACAUUUUUGAUUACUUCCAAUAAUCGGAACAAUUUAUAACACAUAGCAUUACUGUGAUCAUGGUAAAGCAUGCCUAUUAAUCUGUUACAUGACUGUCGUACAGACAUGGGCUACAUGACAGUUCCUUUUCCUGGUGCACAUAUGUUAGAAGUAUUUAAAGUGAGAAUUAAAGAGUAUCCAAAAAAAACUUCAGUAAGUGAGACUAGGUAUUUGGCAAUUUGGACAGCGUGGUAUGGGAAGAUUUUGGGGUUUUCACACAGCUUGGGUUUAAGUGGUGCCGACUUAUUAAGUUCUAACAUUUUAUGUGAACUUCUUUAUCGUAGAAAAAAUGCAGCUGUGCCAGUGGUAAAGGAAAAGUUGGGGUUUGAACAGAUACGUAGAAGAGCAGCUUGGGGAUACGGGCAUACAUGCAGCAUAGCAUGUCAUAUGGGAAAACAGGGUGGCACAUUAGGUACCAUUAGUACUGGGGUUUGUUGGGUAAUGUUAACAGUAGAAAGGCAAAGACUGAUUAGUCCACUGCAGUAAUAACUUGCACAUUAAGAAGUUUUAACUCACUUGAGCUUUGUAGGGGCUACUACAACUGUGGUCUGUGUAGUUAGAUCAUGAGAAUUAGAAACUGGUUUUUAAAGGUACCAGUGUACUUUCAGCUGUAUGUUAAGCAGGGGUGGUAUAAAAGCCUGUUCCCAUUGUUUUCACUCUACUCUGGAUAAGGCUUAGACAUGACGUAGCAUCUCGGAGAUUAGAACAUGACAAAAGUGCAAUGAAUUUCUUUUUAUUGUAGCAAAUAAGUUUAUCUGCAUUCUGUUCUGCUACAGUUAUUUUGAGAAUGCCGGCAGCUUUUUCUUCUAUUUACUGUAAUAAGGAGAAGUGAAAUUUAAGGAGCGAUCUAGAGAACAGAAUAACUUAAUUUGAGUAAUGCUACUUAUGUGUGUAAACUGGUAUGGGAUUAUAUGCUGCUUUUGUUUGCAUUUAAGUUAUAGUUCUUUUCAGGUGCACAACUCCGUGCAGCUCUCACAAUCACUUCUGCCUUUAUAGGAUAGCCUAAUUCUGAGGUGACUUCUGUCUUUUCCAUGUGUUUACUUACCUUGUAUGGUACAACUCUGUCAAUUGAUUAAUAAUACUCUGCAUGCAUAAAGAAAAAUGUAUAGUAGUGUUGGCAGGCAUACCAACUGUCUGCAUGUAACUUUAUAAUACUUACUAGAAACGCGAAAUUUAGUAAAUCCUAGUAGACAUAGUACAGAAUGCUAAACUUUGUAUCUUGAACUGUUGUCCUCUCUUUAACCGUGUCAUUUCUUUCUGCUCUCUUCCAGAAGAAACACAUUGUUGCUUGUUUAUCUAAGCUAAAGAUGUUGGUUGAGGGAAUGAAAGAAUAUAUUGCUGCCUUGCUUCCUUCAGACAAAGUAGGGGAGGAAAUAAUCUACCCUCUAUUUAGCAGAUCUUGUAUACCCUCAUGUGCUUUUACUUCGUCUUUCUACAUUGAGGCAUUCAGCAAUUUUUUUGAUGAGAGCAACUUGGACCAGGGAGAGAAAAACAUGGUGAAAAUCCUAGACUUAACUGACUCUCCCCUCCUCCUUCCAAGUGGAGUCUGGUUAUGGGGGUAAUCACAUCAGAGUCUUGUUAUCAGUACUGAAAUCAGAAUUACUUCAGGCUGGAUAAACCUUGAAAAGCGUUAUUGCUCUGGAGAUCUCAGACUACUUAAGCAUCAGUUCCAUUCAGCUGGGUUGGCUAAUCCUUCAUCAGAUGUUUUUGAAAUUUCACUGUAGCUCAGCUCUGAGUUGAUUCAGGAAGAAUAUGGGCCAUGGACAUGUGGCAAUGGCUGGCAUGUGAUCUGACCCUCUGUAGAAAGGCUGUGCAUCCAAGGAGAAUUUCCAAACUUUGUAUGAUUUUUUUCAAUUCAAAGAGAAGACUAGAAAUCAAAAUAAACCUCAAGUUUCUUUGAGUAAGAAGUGACAAUGCAGCGAAGGCAGAGAGGAGUCAGUACUGGAUUGCUUUUCCUGUUUUAUGAAAUUUCUCAAGUUGGAUUUCAGAACAUUCCUCCUGUUACACUUGGGAUACUUGCACUGAAUAUUAUUCUCUUUUUGAAUCCUCUGGGGGCACUAUCUGAAGUGUGUAUCAGUGUAAAUGAAAGCUUCUACAGAAAGAAUUGGCAGCGUUUACUGCUUUCUCCUGUCCACCAUGCGGAUGACAGGCAUUUAUAUUUUAACAUGGUGUCCAUGCUUUGGAAGGGGAUAAUGUUGGAAAGAAAGCUUGGAAGCAUAUGGCUUGCAUAUAUAAUUGCAGUAUUCUCGGUGCUCACUGGAGUUGUUUACAUGGUACUGGAAUACGUGCUUGCGGAAAUUCUGGAUGACCCUUCAUAUAAAAUGAGUUGUGCUGUAGGUUUUUCAGGAGUCUUGUUUGCUUUGAAAGUUCUUAACAACCAUUACCAUCCAGGAAGAUUCAGCAAUGUCCUUGGAAUGCAGAUAUCCAGUAAAUAUGUAUGUUGGGUGGAGCUGGUGGCAAUUCAUUUAAUUUCCCCAGGGAGUUCUUUUGCUGGGCAUUUGGCAGGGAUUCUGGUUGGACUGAUGUACACUGUGGGUCCUCUGAAAAAGAUCAUGAAAGCCUGUGCAGGUGGCUUUUCAUUCACUGACCCUGCCAGACAGAGGGACUACUACUCACAGUAUUAUAAUCAUCCAGGUUAUCAGUACAGCACACCAAGGAACUACGAUGUUUAUACAGGUGGACUUACUGAAGAGGAGCAGCUUGAAAGGGCAGUGCUUAACAGUCUUAAUGAAAGAGACUUUGGAGCAGCACGUCAGAGUGUGCAGCGACCCUCUGGUUUUUGGCAUCCACCUGAGCAGCAUUCAGAAGAGGAAAUGAGAAGGCAAAGGCUGCGUAGGUUUGAGAGACGAUGAAAUUGGCAGGUGUUGAUGUGAAUUGCAAAGUGCCAUUGAGAAUUGCCAAAAUAUUUGUAGGUUUAUUAAUUUGUAAUCUUUCUUUCCAAUGUUUAUACUACUAGUUGCAAAAUUGCAAAAUAUGCAGAGGUUUUAGAGAGGUCAGGCUCAACUGGAACUUGCAUCAGAUGCAUGAGAUGGGAGGAAUCAAACUGUGAUCUUUGGCAGUUCUCAGUCUUGAUAUACCUCAAACGUGGAAGAAGGUGGAUAGGUGGACUACUGGUUUUACACUCGCUCACACACUCGCUCACUUGCGUGUGCAUGCUGACGCGCGCUCUCUCGUGCUCUCUCUCUUUUGGGUAGCUGCAAGAAUUCCUUGGCUUUGUGACUGCUUAUAUUGUCAGUCAACAGGUUUUCUUCAUCUAUCACAGGCAAAAAAAAAAUUAUGUUUUUCUUUAUAGUUUUAAACUAUGUAAAUCUUACUUGCAAACUUUUCUCUGUUUAUGCUUGAUGACUGACUACUUUGAGAUUGGCAUGUAAAAUGUCAUAUUAAAAAAUUGCGUUGAUAGCAGUCUAUAGGCUUAAGGUUUCUAGCAGAGUCUUAUAAGCGCUGUAAAAAGUUGUUACAGCUAUUGUUAUCCUAAGAAGUUAUUUAAUACAAACUUGAGUGUUGCAGUCUUCCUUAAACCCUGUCAUUUUUGUCUAGGGGUUGUGUGUGAUAAAGCUGAGUUGUGACUACUUAUAAUUUCCUAAAGUCAAUCUUAAUAUUUAUGUUUUAAAUCCAAAAAUGCUUUCCUUUAUGGAGUUAAAGUAACUUGUUCUUAGGACUUCUGUGGAAAGGGAGAUGGAUAUGCCAUGCAAAGAAUAUAUUUAUUUAGUGAUGUGUACUUUUUGAAAGCAUCUAUUUCCCUUUCUUAAAAGGCUAUAUAUCCUGCAGGCUGUGGAAAUCGUAUCAUGUAUAUGUUGUUCAUGCAGCUUUAGAAAUUUUCCUAUUUCUCUGUAUGUAUUUCAUUUGAGGUCCACUUGGAGCUGUAAGAGUUAGCAGACUUGUGGAGAUCUUGCCUAAAUAUAGGGUGCCUUGAAUUCUCUAUUUUCUAGAAAGCAUUUCUUUAUGUACCCAACUCGAGAGUAGUUGAUCAGGAGACCAGAGAGCACAGCUGUCCCUUUGGACUGGCCCUCCACUUGCUGCUUGUGAAGCAAUGGCUGUCCUGCGCGUGGUCCUGCGCGUGGCACCAGUGCCAGCCAGGCCCUCUGCACCUGGUCUCCGCGGAGGAUGCUCUCAGGCUGUCUUUCAGUUAAGCUCAUAAGUACAAAACCACAGUUUGCAAACACAUCUACCCAUUUAGUAACAUUAACUAACACUGAAUGUUUUUUGUUCCAGUAUCAUUUUGAAAAGUUAUUCUUUACUCAAACUUUUUUUGCAAUGGGAGAAAUUCUCCUGAAAUUGAGGACACUCCUAUAACUACUUUCAGUCCUGAAGAGGAGUGAUUGCGCAAGAAGAAUUUGAUUAUUGUCUUUUGGCACAGAACUGCUGGACUCUUCAGCACUGACUUGGUAGAAUGAACAAUUUAAUGUUUUCUUUUCAGGGUCAUGUGAUCACUGGUCUGUGCUUUAUAAAGUCUUGAAACCUUUACCUCUAUACCAAUUAUAUUUUGAAUUUAAAAUCAUAGCGCUGUAUUUUUCAUACAGAAAAAUCCUGCAAGUAAAUUCUUGAGUAUGUUGUUAAAUAAAGUACAUUUUCUGAUUUUCAUUAAUGUGUGUAGGGAACCUUUUGUUUGCUGAAAAACGCCAGGGUUGUUCUCUCUUCUGUGCCAUUAUCACUUUCACUAUCUAUUCUUCUUACACUACUUGUUGAUUGCAGGCCCGGAAGCAGCACGGUGUGGUUAUGCCAGGUGUGUGACUUUCAAGGUCCUGAGAGUCAAAAGACAGGACUAUAAUGUGAUUUUGGAUGUACUUAUUAAGGGAGUGUAAGAACACUGCUAGUAUUACACACAAUACUUUCUGCCAGAUUCUAAGGCACUUAGUACAUACACACUGGUAACGUUUGUUAUCUUCUGUCUCUGUUGUUUUCUAAUAUAUGCAGUAGUCCUAGAAUAAAGCAGCAGCUACACCCUUAUCUUCUGGUAGGUCAAUUUAUCUAAUUUCUUACAACUUCUGAAAUUAUAUAUUGGGGAAAAAAAAAGGCUUUGAAUGUUUUGCUCAAUGCAUAAUAACGUGUAAAUGAGGAAGGAAUAGUGUUGGUUCCUCAAACUAAUCUUAGCGCUCUGCUGGAAAGUUUCAAUGUAACUUACCUGUCUUAAACUCCAUUAUCUUAAUUAUUUAAAGGCAUUGGAUUAGUCAGUAGUCAACUGAAAAAAGGAUAAUUAAGCGAAACUAAGAACAUGAUUGCAAUUUUAAAACCACUUGCGUAGUUUUGUAAAGUAAAGUUAGAAAUAUCAACAAUAUCAAUAUCAAAUGUGGAACUGCACAAAGUUGCUCAUACUUAUAUUCGUAAAAAGGAAAGAGCUCCUUGUUAGGAUAUAUCUUAUAUGAAGAGUCUAUUUUGGUCUCCCUCUUUAUUCUUAUUUUGUCAAGCACUUGCCAUUAAAUAUUUUAAAAAAUUGUCAGUA